AUGUCAAAACCUGUCAAGAAAAAGAUUGCAGUUCCCCUAGCCGAGCAUAACUGGGAAUUCACAGUAACCCUCGAGGAGCUUAAAGAGGAAGCGCCUGAGUACGACUGGGAAGACCAUCUCAAUGCGAUAUUUGCCCCAACGAAAAUGGCAGAGGACGAGCUCCUAGUGAUACCGGGACUUCCGUUCAUGAAGAAAGUUGGAAAACUUAUCAAGGAAACGCCAAAGAGAGUACUGGCAAACUUCCUUGGAUGGAGGCUUAUUGAAGAUGAGCCGUACUAUCUAUCAAAGGCCUACAGGGACGCACGCCAAGAGUUUGAUAAUGCCAAAGAAGGCACAGAAGGCUCAAAGGAACGGUGGAGAACAUGUGUGGUGCAUACAGAUAAAUUUGUAGGGGACAUUUUAGGUGCUCCAUAUAUAAAGAAGCAUUUUGAUCGAGGAACAAGAGAUUUGGCAGUGAAGAUGAUCGAUAGAGUUCGCGAAGCAUUUAAAGAAAACGUAGAUUCCCUUCCCUGGAUGGACCAGAAGACAAAAACAGCUGUGGCUGAAAAGGUUGACAAAAUGAAGGUAGCACUUGGAUACCCUGACUAUUACAUUGACGGCAAGAAAUUACCUGAAAAAUUUUCGCAUUACAAAAACGUGGUGAUCAGGGAUAAUAAGUUCUUCCAGAACAGGUGGAAUCUCAUGAAAAUGUUUCACAAAAAAAUGAUAAGAAAACUUCGAUUACCAGUGGACAAAGAACUUUGGAGAAUGAAUCCCCAGAUCGUGAACGCCAUGAAUGAUUUUUCUAACAACAUGAUUGUUUUCCCAGCAGGAAUUCUGCAGAAACCCUUUUUCUAUGGUAAUGGAAUCCCUUGUGCCUUAUCUUAUGGUGGUAUUGGAGCUGUUAUUGCGCAUGAAAUAACACAUGGCUUUGACGAUGAUGGCAUGUAUUAUAACAAAAAUGGAGAAGUUCUGGAUACACCAUGGUGGACAAAUAAAUCAAUCUCCGAAUUUAAAACCAGAAUGGGAUGUCUUGAAGACCAAUACUCAGACUAUAAAGUCGGAGGAAAAUAUCCGAUCAAUGGCAAACUCACCCUGGGUGAAAAUAUUGCUGAUAAUGGAGGGUUUAUGGCCACUUCCAAGGCCUACUAUGGAUGGUUAAAGGAGAAUAGCAAUAAUCUUGUGAAACUACCAGGAUUAGAUUUAACUAACGAACAGCUACUUUAUGUAGGUCUGGGCCAGACGUUUUGUCAGAACAAGAAACCAGAGAAGCAAUACCAGGACACGCUUGAGGACUUUCACACAGAAAACAAAUUUAGGGUUAUUGGGAUUCUUUCCAACUCUCAUGAGUUUGCCAAGGCGUUCAAGUGUAAAAAGAACAGCCCAAUGAAUCCUGAAAAAAAAUGUGCGAUAUGGAACAAGGAUGGACCGCUUGACAUAUAAUAAAAUGGAUCCCUGUGGAGAAGGAUAUAUUUUAUAUCAUUUUGUGGUGCAAACGCCCCACCAACAGCCCCAAUUUUAUCGUGAUAUCAAAAGGAGAA